AGAUAACACCGGGCAACCGAGUUCAACCGAGCCCAGCCGAACCACCUGUUCUUCUUAUGUCCUGGAACAGAUUCAAUUAGAUUUAUUGGUUAAUUCAAUAGUGCCGUGUAUUGUUAUAUUCUAAUUGGCUUACGAAAUAUGCUUAUUCCACGUUAAUGUGUUAAGGUUGGUUGUCGUAAGUUCGACAGAAAGUUCCAACAAUUAUCGUUUCCUCGAGUAUCGGUGAAUUUAUCUAAUUUAAUUGAAAACCUCAAACUUGCUCAUUCGCGCUUUUCGCAUGUCGUUCGGAUUCAACGAUUUACUAAGGGUUAACCAGGAUCAGAAUAAAGAAUUGGGAUCUACUACGAUACAUUUCAGACCAAAAACAAUUGGACUUUGGGUAUAACCCUACCGUAGCAAAUAUCGGUCAAAUUCUACAGUCCCCUGGAGCUUGGCUGUUUUAGAGAAGAUAUGAUACGACUCGUCACGUACGCGACAUUAUUCUUGACUGGCACUGUAUGUGGAGGAGCAAAUGCCCACGAUGACGUACACGGGAUUGGUAUCUCGGACACAGUUUCUGAACCGAUUUAUAAACAGGAGAAAUUUGCGGACUCGAUAUACCUAUUAGAAAAUUUUAAUGACUUGGAAAGGUUCAAACAAAAGUGGAUUAUUUCUGAAACAAAAAAGAAUAAUAUCGAUGAAGAAAUCGCUAAAUACGAUGGAAAAUGGAUGGUAGAGGAACCAAAGAGGAAUAUGGAAGAAGGAGACCUUGGGUUGGUGUUGAAGAGCAAAGCUCGGCACGCAGCCAUAUCUGCUCCUUUAAGUAGACCUUUUCGAUUCGAAGAUAAACCACUGGUGGUGCAAUACGAAGUAAACUUUCAGGAAGGUCAGGAAUGUGGCGGUGCUUACCUUAAACUGCUUGCACUGGAUUCAGAGCAGAGGAAUUUAAAGGAAUUUCACGACAAAACGCCAUAUUCCAUAAUGUUUGGACCAGAUAAAUGUGGAAACGACGUCAAGUUACACUUUAUAUUCCGCCAUAAGAAUCCACUAAACGGUUCAUACGAGGAGAAGCACUGCAAGAAAUCGAAGGAUCGCCUGGACGAUAUCUUCACCGACAAGUUACCGCACUUGUACACUCUGACCGUUCGACCGGAUAAUACCUUUGACAUAAAAGUCGACAAUAAAGUAGUGAAUUCGGGUUCCCUGCUGGAUGACUUCGUACCGCCGGUGAACCCGCCCUUGGAGGUCGAGGAUCCUACGGACACGCAGCCCUCGGAUUGGGACGAUCGCGAGAAAAUUCCAGAUCCGUUGGCCAAGAAACCGGAAGACUGGGACGAGGACGCUCCCGCGCAGAUCGUCGACGAGGAAGACGCGAUGCCGGAGGACUGGGCGGAGGACGAGUCGCCGGCGAUUCCCAACCCAGAGUCCACCCGACCCGAGGACUGGGACGUCGAGAUGGACGGCGAGUGGGAACCGCCCAAGAUACCGAACCCCAAGUGCGCUCAGAUCUCCGGCUGCGGACCCUACAAGCAACGGCUCAAGACGAACCCGCGGUACAAAGGGAAAUGGUUGCCGCCCCUCGUCAACAACCCCAACUACAAGGGAAAAUGGAAGCCCAGGCUCGUUCACAAUCCCGAGUACUUCAACGACGAGCACCCCUUCGGAAUGACUCCGAUCUUCGCAGUUGGGUUCGAGCUGUGGUCUAUGUCCCCCGACAUACUCUUUGACAAUAUACUUGUUACGGACAACGAAGAAGUUGCGGAAAAAUGGGCAGAGGAUACUUUCGAGGUUCGUCGAACCAAGAUCGCUGCGGAAAAUGAGACAUUCUGGGGUCGCGCGAUGCGUUCCAUGAAUCAUAAACCAGGCUGGUGGAGUCUGUACUUUCUCUACUGUAUAACUCCCGUUAUCGCCUAUGUUUGGUACCUGUUGAAGCGGUCUCGCGAGGAUAAGCACGAUACUAAGUCAGAAGACGAGGAACCACUGCGCCUAAAUGACGAGGGUGGGGACGAGAUGGACAAAGACGAAACUAAAGAUCCAGACCCCAAAGAAGGCAUUUCCGAUUCAGGAGUCGCCGAACCUGAUGAAACCGAAGAACAGUCUGAACGAAAAGACAGCGACAGGGAUAAACCUUUAGCUAGUGGAGAUGGUCCACGACGAAGGAAAAUUACAAAGGAGUAACCCUAAUGAAAUCUUAUUCAAAGAACAUCGUUAGUAAUAUACAUUCAGUCAGACACUACCACUGUGCUAACUUAAGCGAUGGUAAACAUUACUUGUAAUAAGUAUCACGUUCAUCGUGAUCAUUAAAUGGGAUUUUGUUACCGUAAUGUUACUUCAUUGUUGAGUGCUUCAUAUUCACUUUUUACCAAUAGAAUAGUGACAAUUGUGAACGAAUAAAAUGAAUAAUAAACGUUUAUGUCAAAUGCA